AUGCCGAUUGUCGGGCCCGCCAGCGCGGAAAUAGGUGACAAAGGUCAAACCGGAGAAAAUCCCCUUAAUUACGUGGUUCUCCUCCUUUCACUGCUCGAAGCCUUCAAUUCAACUCAGAUCGUAGUGGCCAUUACGCUUUGGUUCGCCGAUCCUAUGACGUUGAAGUUGCAGUUCUUUGGAACGGAUGGCCAAGACAACAUUUUAACGUUACAAUUUCCAAGCUCCUUCCACAUCCAGGUCGUUGGGAAAGCAGUCCACCGCCGUGAGGCAGCAUUGCUACAACCUUUAUCUCGCAUACAUGAAAAUCCGGUAUUGGAUAGCAAUGCUACACGGCGAACCAUCCAUCAUGCUCUUGGCACAAAGCAGCCCAAAGAGACUCCGAUGAUCGAUUGA